AUGAUGCUAUCACAGCCUACGUUGCAUAUGCAGCCAGUGCAUUCAACUUUUCUACAUCAGCAGGGGGGCAUAGCUGCUCAGACAGAAAUAUAUGCGCAGCAAACACCAGUCAUUAUUAAUAAUAUCACAGGAAUAAACAGUAUCAGCAACAGUGGAAAUGGAGAGCAAGCUGAUGAAUGGAAGCCUGUUGAAAGUCGUCGAGCAAACAGAAAUGGAUCUAAAAGGUAUGGAUUUGAUAAACGUGGUGCAUAUAAAGGAAAUAGUGGUCGUGGUGGGUAUCGCGCUAGGCAGGGAGGUCAGCAUCAAAGUAAAAAUUUUAUGCUAAAUGAUGGGCGAAGCUAUGUGCCAAAUCAAAGAAGUGAUAAUCAAAUGUUUGAUCACAAUAAAACCACGAGUGUGGCUAAUUCUGCCAUUAUUGGUAAGAAAUCAGAAAAAAAAAAUGAUACGAUUGGAUCGCUAGAAAAUGGAGGACAAAUGAAGCAUAGAUAUUAUCGUGGUAAUAGCCGUGGCAAUAAUGGAAUUAAACAAAAUUAUAACGGGUAUUCACGGAGCGGCGGCAAUGUACCUCGUCGAUCGCGUGGUUAUAACUAUGCAUCGGAUCUGCAGCAGUGUGGUUUUCGAUUUGCUACUGAUAUUGUACAAUAG